GUGUACCCAUUCAUAUAUUUUUCCUCUAUUUCACAUUUUGCAGGUCCUGUAUUGGAUAAUUGUGUUGUUCGUUUGUUUCUGGUUUUCUUUUCAUUAUGUUGUCGGUCAAUUUCAACCACUUCAUGGAAUGAUGCUUCAUGAUGUGUGCGCACCUUCUGUGUGUACACAUCUACAACUCCAAAUGAGGAGUCACCCCAAACAAUGGAAAUUAUUUCUUCCUGCAUAAUCAUACUUACAUAACGCACUUAAUACGUGUUUUUAGAGGUUGAACUAGUUUGGUGUCGGUGUGUUACCCGUGAUGUAGGUACGAAAUGGUUUUUACACCAUUCACUGGUGUAGAUAACCACCGCAGAUGUGUUACGUUUGCAGCUGGCGGUCUCCUACGCAGAGAAGAUGUUCCUUCAUACAGGUGGUUGUUCAAUCGCUUUCUUGAUGUUAUGGGUCAUGCCCCGCAAUGCAUAACCACUGACCAAGACGCUUCUAUGGCUAUUGCUAUCCUAGAAGCAUUCCCAAAGACAAUCCAUCGUCUCUGUAUGUGGCAUAUUACGAACAAGAUUACGACCAAAGUUGACAAUGAACUUGCCAAAGAUUAGGUCUUCUUGACAAGGCUAAACUCUGUGAU